AUGCAGCUCUCUGUAGUAGGCCGUUGGAGCUACUUGAAACAACUUAUCGCGGAAACCAGCGGAGGUCUGGACCGGAUUGUGCUUAUCAGAGGUAGCCAGAAAUUUCGUUUGAGUUUGUGGUGCUCUGUUUACGUUGCGCUGACGGCAUUCAUGAUUAAUCUGUGCCUUGACGCUGUAAAAGCGUACUGCGCGUUCCCCACCGUCAUUUCGAUCGACAUCAGCGAGGACAAUCUGAGCGUGCCGAGCAUAGCUCUCUGCAGCUUCAACCCCUUCAAACGCCGAAAACUCUGCGAGGAGCCUUUUGCUAGUCUCUGCGAUCCUGACUUGGACUUCGUUUCGGCGUUCUCGGAGCUCUUGGCGGGCUCAGAUACCGGAAAUGCCAGUGCCGAGUUUAUCGAACGAUACAAACAAGCUUUCAUCAACCUUCGAGAUCUCGUGGUCUCUUGCUCGCUCCGCGGUGUAUCGUGUGGAUCGGGCUUCUUUGCCCCAACCAUCGUCGAACUCAGCCGCUUCGGUCAAUGUUUCUGCAUGUUCUGCGAGGGAAACCGAAAGUACGCGGAGGCUUUUCGAUACCGUACUCAGACUCCCGAAGAAGGUCUUGUACUCGAACUCAACUCAUCGACGAGGGAAUACUUGCCGCACAUCAAGGACUUGGGUUUCGUCUUCUUCUUCUACACUUACCGCAAAUCGGCCAUGGUGACCCGAGACUCAGUCCAUGCUUCUCUCGGUGAAUCUACUUAUAUGAGACUGGAAACCACCGAAAUGAAACUCUUACCCGCUCCUUAUCCAUCACAAUGCGGGAGCGAUUGGCCGCCAGGAUAUGAAACCAUAGCUGGAAUCGACGAGGAACAGUACUCCUUCUCGAGGUGCAUGGCUAUCUGUCUGUCUCAACAGGCUAUGCGCGAGUGUAACUGCGAGAUCACAAACGAGUUCUCUCAACUGUCAGUCAUCGAGAACGUGUGCACGAGAUCUCGUGCCGAGCUCAAGUGUCGCAACAAGGCGCUCAGUAGCCCCAAGCGCUUCCGGGCGAACUGCGAGUGUUCGGAUGAAUGUCGAGUGAAUAUCUACAGGGUCCAAACAUCCAGCGGAGGAUUCCGAAAGACGCGCAGAAGGGCGAGCCCUGAUCGCACCAGAGUGACGAUCUACCAAAGUGGCUCGGAAAAUACCCUCAUCCGCGAGAGGGCCAAAUAUCGCUUCUCGGAAAUGAUAGCGGCCCUGGGAUCGAAUAUGAACACCUUCAUUGGACUGUCUUUCCUCGCGAUAUACGAAGUUUUCGACGUAUUGGCCGCUUGGUUCUCUUUCCUUGCGGAACGCACUCGGAGUCUCUGA